UUCACGAAUGUGUUGUAGCUUGCCACUCUAUUAAUGGUUUUUGUCCGUACUUGCGCUUAUUUUAGAAUCAUUUUUAGAAACAUAUAUGCCUUCUGAUACUACACAAACUCUUGGAGGCAAGAAACUAACUCGAAUAAUUCGGAAAUUACGUAGGAAAUGGAUGCAAAACAAACAUUAUGCUUACGACGCGUCUGACGUUCACCUUACCUGCCGCUUGGAGCGCCAGUGUCGCUCCAUCUGUCAAACGACAACAACUUUUACAGCAGUGAGUGUCGCGACUGUUAUGUUAGACUGCGAUCGAACUGUGUCAUGAUAAGAUAUGCCAGAAAUAGUUUAUUUAUGAGUAAACAUGCAUAUGACGUUACAAGUGUCCAAUACAGAUGAAUCACACUCAAAUUUGGAGCUAGCUUACAUUCGCACCACAAGCAGUGAUGGUGCUGAGUCGCGUCUCUCCGUUUCCCCUGUCAAUGUACUGGGUGAUGGAAGCACUGUGGGAGAAGAUGUAAUUCAGGAGCUGCAAGAGGAUAAUGACACUGCAGGGAUAACAAUAACAGCAGCGUCACAGGUGCCUGAACCAGAGACCAUCAGGCCACCUCCAGCUGGAGAGUCGCAGCCUUCGACUUCUGUUGAAGUCGAUGACAGCGAGUCUACUAAUAUUUAGUGCAGUCCUCUGCAGGAAGACUCAUUUACUGGCAACUAAUUAUGAAUGCUGUAAGGCAUUUUCUAAACGGAUUCUCUGUGUAAUAUCACACAUUUCCUUUUUUUAUACACUGACAAUGUCUGUAAACUUGUACUAUACAAAUUUUAAGUCGUCAUAUGUUGAAAUGAAAACUAAGUGUCAAAUAGUACACUGUAAUUACUUUUGUCAUUUAUUGUGAUUUAUUUUGAAGGUAUAGUAGAUUAACAUUCUGUUCGUUUUAGCAUCCCACAUAUUAUAUAUUCAUCAGAACAACCCACUUCCUUGACACUGCAUUAAUGUUUUAUUUAUUAGUUGACUUACAGUAACAUGUUAUGUCAUUUAUCCAUUUCUGUGAGUGAAAAUUGUUAUUAAACGUUGCUUCAUGACACCUUAGGUCU